AUGGCGAGUCUGCGUCGAGUCAGCUAUCUCCUCAUUAUUUUGUUUUUUCUGGAUGUAUCCUUCAUUGACCACGUAGCCACACAAUGCGGGGUUCACUGGAGGCCUGCUGGAGAAGAUUGGGCAAACACUUGGGAUGGAAUGCUUCUUUUUAGCUGUCCAAAAGGUAUGUUGCGUACCUAAUCAGUUCAGGUGAAAGAAGGAGAAGAAAAAAGGCGAACUCAAACGAUGUGCACAUAUCUCAUCUGAGUUAGAGAAAUUCUUUUCUCCUCGAUAAUGAGAGGAGAAGUAUCUUGUUGAAUUGUAACUCUGAUUACCAACUCUUUUUCGCAACAGGUAAAUCGAUCCGUCGCAUCCAUAGCAUCCACAGGAACUGCAUAGAAGAUCGGAUCUGGGCUUUUAGCUGUGAGCCAAACUCUGCAGCCCAAGUAUGCUCCUGGACAGGAUUCGUGAAUAGUUAUGACGACCUUCUGAACUUCAAAUGUCCAAACAAUGGUUUCAUUUCAGGCAUAUACAGUGUGCACAGCAACAAACGCGAGGAUCGCAGGUUAUUCGGCUUCUUAUGAACAAUGAGCUUCGAUAAUAAUCUGAUAUUUCAUUGGACAUGCCUAACUUCGCUUUGUGAUUUGCCGAGAAAAACUCGCGUCACAUUCUCUACCAAUCAGAUGUAAAAUUGAAAGACUCUUGACUUGAAUAACCCUAAGCCUUACCCAAGAACCCAAACUCCUCUAUUGCAGGUUUGAGUUCAAGUGUUGUCACAGCAGCAGCUACAGCCGCCACAGCUGUAAAUGGAGCCACACCACUAACUGGGACGCCGACAUCGACUAUAGCACCACUUGGGGUUGGCUGGCUGGAGCACACAGCUAUCACAAUAACCAUUACGAGUAUGUAACUCAGCUCUGACAAAGGGGGACAUCAAUACAAGUGGAAAUCAAUCUUUGAUAUAGCUGUUUUGAUUAUAGAGAUGCGCCCACUCUGGUCGUUGGAUGAUUACAUCAUUUAUUACACCCAUUUUGAAAUCACUGGUGGUCCCUGUAAUCUGAUUGGCCCUAAUUGAUGCGAUUUAUUCACGAAUCGCACCAUUUUUUGCUUUAAAUAAAUUUCCCAGCCAAUGAGGAGGCUACACUAAAAAACAAAACAACCAAUCAGAUUUAAGGCUUGUUUACAGUAACCGAUCAAAUUGCAGGAAAAUGAAAGACAAAGAGUAUCAUGUGGCAAAUUUUGCAACUUCUGUUUCUGAACUCUUACUUUUUCCCUCAAAAAUGGACAUGAAUUUAAUUUCAGACCGGCUCAGAACUGCAUCAAUAAAAUUUCAAAAUGGAUGUAAUAAAGUGGUAAUUGAACCUCGUGUCGUGCAAUUUUGGUCUGAAAUCAUACUUGUGAUUUCAAAUCGAACUUGCGCUGCGCGCUCGUUCGAUUUUGAAAUCACGCGUAUAAUUUCAGCCCAAAUUGUACUCCACUCGGUUCAAUUACCAUUAUAUAUCGCUAUUAUCAUGCGACGCGCUUUUGAUAUAAUUGGACGUGAGAUAUAGGGACUGGGUCGAGUUCAUCAACUCGACCUAGUCGAAACUUCCUGCGAAAGGAAAGGUAAACUUAAGGAGUGGGGGGGGGAGGAGUAGAAGGGAGGGGUAAAAACAAAUAAGAGGGCAAAAAAAGGAGGAAAGAUUUGUUUCUUAUAUCCUUGCCCUUAUCUUCCCAUUCUUAUAUUGUUAUCUUCUUUCGAUAUCUUUCAGAGACCGAAGAUGGCAAUUUUAUCAAUGUGAGAAGAUCUAGCUGUAUCAAUAAAUGAUGAGGACGGUGCAAUAAGAAGGAUUCUAUCACGUGGUUAACGUUUAAACUGAUUAAUAUGAUUACAUUAGAAAAAAUGUGAUCUUUAAAGCUAUCGACGCCUAAAUCAACUAAGGGA